UCGUCACCUCGAUGCUUUCGAAGUAUGUUGUGCUGGUAGGUUUAGAAAACCUCUCACUUUGGUUUUGUCAGACGUUUUCUCCUGCUUCGAGUGAGGAUGGUGUCGAUAUAUCUUAUCACUGUUGAUAUUAAUUUUGAUCUAGUGGUGUCUGCCACGUGUCACCACUGUAAAGAUACUGUCUUUCCCUUUGUAACUAGUGAUUAUUUGGGGGAAGAUACUUGGAGACCUUGUGUAACAAUAUCCUGUUGUUCCUUACUUUCACUCACUAAUUAGCCUUCCUGGUGGCUCUUAUUAGUGUAGUGGUCUAAUGGUGACUUUCAUUUCUGUUAUUCCCUCUGCAGUUAUUAAUUGGAAUACUUUCUGAGGAAGAGUCAUGCCUUGUUUUCCUUUGUUUUAUUUAUUCAGUUAGUUAUAUCAGGGUGUGAUGUUGGGUGUGUAUUCUUUGAGCUGUGAUGCAGUGCUGAUACUACUUAUUUUGUUGCUUAAAUUAUUCUGGCCUUGGCCGUUGGGAGCUCUUUGCAGUUGGCUCACAUCCUUUUUGGUGUCUUUCCCUGACUUCCCGGCACCACAGAAGACUCACGUUGUAUCUUCCCUUUCCCAGCCCUGGAGACCACCACUUCUCCAAGGAGCCCUAGUUCCGUUUAUUGGAGAAUGGUAUGGAGAAACCAAGUUUUGGGCGCUAGGUUUGAGCUCAUUUCUUAAUUGAUAUAUUUGUUUAAGUAUAAUGUAACAUUCCAGUUAUGUACUGGAAGCAGUCUUUGCUGUUUCCUUACCAGGGUAUAAAAUAAGGCAUAUGUACCCUUACACUGGGAGGAAAAACACAAGAGUAAGAGACUGCUUAAUGAGGAUUUUAAAAGAAAACAAAAUCACAUUGUAUAUGAUUUGAAGAGACAAAAUGACAGAGGGAGGAAAGGAAUGUCCCUGAGAAGUGCCCAGAUAAUUGCCUGGGAUGACUGAACUUUUUCUUCUGUUCUCAAAAACUAGUUGGGACAUGGAGAAACCCUGAGGCAUUAGGAUACCUGAAUUUAACUGUGCAGGUUCAGCUCACUGGCCCCCAUGUCCUUACUGUGCUCUGGGUCUUUCAUCCAGAGUCCAGAAGGCCCUGGAGGUCUUCUCUCUGUUCAUGGUUCCAGAAGCUGGACUAACCCUUUCUUUGGGUGAAGGCCUGGAAUCCUUUGCCAGAUUCCUGGCUUUCGCCCUCAGUUUCCUGUCAGUCUUCACAUCACCUCUGUCCAGAUGCUUCACUGACCUCUUCAGACAUUUCUGUAACAGCUGCUUCAGAACAGGUCUGCUUGGAAGCUUAUUUUUGGUGCUAAUUGCACUGUGGGUCUCCAUUUCCUGAGAUAGGUCUUGCCGAUUAUAUUUUCUGGUGGAUGCGUUUCUUCUAAAUAUUCGUCUCUGGCCUCAAGUUGAUUCUCUUUAGCCUCACUGCCAGGUUUCUGGUCACCUGAGCCGCUUUCUAGUUCUUUCAUACUUUAGUUUCUUUCUCUUCUCCAGUCUGUUCUGCAAGCUUGUUGGGGAAAGUCCCUGUCCCUCUUUCUCUUGACUUUCAGCUUCCUUCUGAGCAGUUGUUUCUGCUACCUGUUUGUGCUGCUGGGGCUCAGCAAGGCUGGAGCCUGCCCCACUUGCUCCUGAAGCACCCUUUCCUGCCAGCCGCCUUUUGUUGUUGCUGGUGUUCAAGUCUGUCUGUGGGCCUUCAGCCGCUUAACUUUAUCAUUUCCGUCCUUUUCCUUUGCUUUUGUUUUCUCAAAGACUUAUUCUUUUUUUCUCCCCUAGUUUUCACAGCAAGGCUUCAUUUCUCUGCCAGAACUUCAGCAGACUCCUCAGCGCGCAUGAUCCUUUCCUUUACUUGACUCUUAUGCCCUGAGAGCAAGAGUGUCAUUUCUGUUAGCUGGAUGGCAGCGUGCUUUCUGGUGUGAGCCUCUUUCCGUCUGUGUCUGUGUUUAGUCGUUAUUUUUUUUGUCUGUCCUGAUGGCAUUGGCCGCGUCUGGAAGAUGUUGAGUAGGUAUUGGUUUAUAACAAAGAGAGGAUGGCUUCUGGUGAAGUCUCUUACCAGUGACAUCUGAUGUUCCAGCAAAUGACAUUACCCACUACAGUGCUGAAAAACUUUUGAGGUCCCAGCAGCGACACGACUAACAUAGACUUGGUUUGCACUCUGCUGGGUAGACCCUGAGCAGGAGUGAUGGCUUCAGGCAGGUGGUAUGCUGUCCAUCCAGUUCAGGCCCAGGCUUCAAGGGAACGAGGGCGUCUUCAGAUGGUAAAGAAGGAAGAAGAGGAUGAAGGCUACACUUCAGUGCAGGCUGCCAGGCCACAGACACUCAACCGUUCUGGCCAGGAACUGUUUCGCCAGCUCUUCAGGCAGCUUCGCUACCAUGAAUCUUCUGGGCCCCUAGAGACUUUCAGCCGGCUCCGGGAGCUCUGCCGCUGGUGGCUGAGGCCUGACAUCCUCUCCAAGGCCCAGAUCCUGGAGCUGCUGGUGCUGGAGCAAUUCCUGAGCAUCCUGCCCGGGGAGCUCCGGACCUGGGUACAGCUGCAUCACCCUGAGAGUGGUGGGGAGGCUGUGGCCCUGCUGGAGGAACUGCAGAGGGACUUCGAUGGAACACCAUGGAGGGACCCGACCCUUGCCCAGAGCCCAGAUGUACGUUGGAUGGGUACAGGAGCCCUGCGAGCCUCACAGAUAUGGCCCCCUGCUUCACCUCUCAGGAGCAGCUCUACUCUUGGGGACCACCUGGAGCCUCCCUAUGAAAUAGGAGUGUGUGACUUCCUGGCUGGGCAAUCCGAGCCUCCUGUUGCUGAGGUGCCUGCCCUUUCCCAGAGAGAGGUGUGCCCAGGAGACACAUUGACAUCCCAGCCUCAGGAGGCUGUGACUUUCAAGGAUGUGGAAGUGACCUUCUCCCAGGAUGAGUGGGGAUGGCUGGAUCCUGCCCAGAGGAACUUGUACAGAGAUGUAAUGCUGGAGAAUUACAGGAACGUGGUUUCUCUGGUGGGACCAUUCACCAAACCUGUUCUGAUUUCCUGGUUGGAGGCAAGGGAGCCAUGGGGCCUGAAUGCCCAGGGAGCUCAGCCUAAGGGGAAUCUAGGUGUUGCCCCUGCAGGAGGUGAGCUCCAGAUUAAAACGAACAAGUUCAUCUUAAAACAUGAACCUUUGGAAGAAGCAGAAACCUUAGCUGGGCCAUCAGAAUGUUGGAGGACGAGUGUUUCUGAGGGAAUGGGGCUCAGAGAAUCUUUCGAAAAGAAGAGCAGGCUAAAGGAACAAUGUGGAAACCCCGUACAAGUAAGAGUGAAGAAAGAAGAGACCAAUGUCAGUCAUAGGACAGAAAAAGAAUUAGAAGAAUCAGGAAGAAGUACUAGUCAUAAUCUAAAACAUGCCACAUAUUUGAGAGUCCCCAGAAGAAAGCGAUCCCUUAAACAUGGCUGUGGCAGACACUUCAGAGGGAGUUCAUACCACUAUGACUACAAGGAAUAUGGGAAAGGGCUCAGGCGCAUAGUUGGCGGAUUUAGCCUACAUCAGAGAAUUCAUGCUGGACUAAAAGCAAAUGCGAAGGAUGCACGUGGGAAAGACUUCAGCCUUAGCUCACAUCACCAACGGCAGAAUCUUCACAUGGGGACAUCAUAUAAGUGCGGUGACUGUGGGAGGACCUUCAGUCAUAGCUCUCAUCUUGCAUGUCAUCAGAGACUUCACACUCAAGAGAAACCAUUUAAAUGCAGGGUGUGUGGGAAAGCUUUCAGGUGGAGCUCAAACUGUGUGCGACAUGAAAAGAUUCACACUGGAGUGAAACCUUAUAAAUGUAGUUUAUGUGACAAGGCUUUCCGACGCAUGUCUGCCUACCGUCUACACCAGGAAACUCAUGCUAAGCAGAAAUUUCUUGAGUCUAAUCAGCAUGAGGAAGCUCUCACCUAUAGCUCAGGAUUUGAUCAUCAUUUGAGAGACCAAAGUGGGGAGAAACCCUUUGACUGCAGCCAGUGUAGAAAAUCCUUCCACUGUAAAUCAUAUGUUGUUGAACAUCAAAGGGUCCACACUCAGGAGAAACCUUAUAAAUGUACCAAAUGUAGGAAAACCUUUAGGUGGAGAUCAAACUUUACUCGUCAUAUGAGAAUGCACCAGGAAGAAAAGUUCUACGAUCAAGACACAUGUAGAGAGGACUUUAGACAGACCUCCAGCUGCAGUCAGUCCCAGAGUGCCCCUGUUACAGAGAAAGCUUUUCCUUGUCAGCAGUGUGGGAAAACUUUUACUCGAAAGAAAUCCCUCAUUGAUCAUCAGAGAAUUCACACAGGCGAGAAGCCGUACAGAUGUAGUGAGUGUGAAAAACAGUUUACCCAUCGGUCGGCCUUUAUUGCUCAUAAGAAGCAGCAUGCCAUUCAGAGAAAACCUGAGGAUGGGCCAUCGUUUAAUCAGGACAGAGUUCUCCAAGUCCCUCAGAGCAGUCAAACCACAGAGGAAGCCUACAAAUGUAGCCAGUGUGGCAAAGCCUUCCGUAAUCACUCAUUCCUCCUCAUCCAUCAGAGAAUUCACACCAGAGAGAAGCCUUAUAAGUGCAGAGAAUGUGGGAAAGCUUUCAGAUGGAGUUCUAACCUCUCCCGUCAUCAGAGGAUUCACUCUUUGGAAAAACAGUAUGAGUACCGUGAAAGUGGAAACACGCCAAAUCUGCAGUCACAAAUGCUCGCUGGUGAGAAACCUUUUUGGUGCCAAGAAUGUGGGAAAACUUUUACACGUAAAAGAAGUCUUUUAGAUCAUAAGGGAAUACACAGUGGAGAGAAGCGCUAUAAAUGUAAUCUGUGUGGGAAAUCUUAUGAUAGAAAACAUCGCCUUGUUAAUCAUCAGAGAAUCCACAGUAAAGAGAGACCUUUUAAAUGUCAGUGGUGUGGGAAAGAUUUCAUUGGAAGACAUACCCUCUGCAUUCAUCAGAGGAAACACACCAGAGUGGCACAGUCUGAAUGCAGCCUGGCUGGGUUGUCUUCCUGCCAGGACACAGGGGUGAGUUUACAGGAAUUAAAACCAAGUGGGGAGAAGCCCCUUGAAGAUUCUGCGGAAGCUUGUGACCAGAGCUCCAGGAUCACCGGACUCCAGAACAUACCCAUUGGGAAGAAGUGCCACAAGUGUAGCACCUGUGGGAAAACUUUUAACAAAAGCUCACAGCUCAUUAGCCACAAGAGAUUUCAUACUCGAGAGAGGCCCUUCAAAUGCAGAGAGUGUGGGAAGACCUUCAGGUGGUCUUCAAAUUUGGCUCGGCAUAUGAAAAACCAUAUUAGAGAUUAGCUUGGGGUCUGACAGUGGGGGGAGAGGGGUUUCUAGCGGCGGCCCUGCUUAGAGAACCCUUAAUUAUGGGCAGUAUGGGAAAAACCUUCACAAAGGGUCCAGCCCUUUCUAUUUUCAAAUCUGGUGGCAGAGAAUGCUGAGGAUUCAAAAACUCAGGGCAUCUCCUUUCUUACCUGCUGGGGAGCGUGAUGCUAGGGAAGAACAGUAACCUGUUCUUUGGGGCCUUUCUGGAAGCUUGGGCCUUUGCACAGUGGCCUGGAGCCCCCAGCCAGGUAAUAAGUGUAAAAGCAGAUACCAUUGCCCUUUGUGGUUUGACAAAAGAUCUAUGAUGUAAUGGGCUGUGGCUUCUGCAAGGGGCCGGUUGAAUCCUGUGGUAGUGCAUACUCUGUUUGAUCGUAUAAGUAGCAGCAGCAGAAGCAGGAACUCCCAGUCUCCCCCAGAUGCCUCCUGGGAGUUCUGGCUGCAGCUUUGGCCUUCAUAUCUUGCUUUGGAUAUCUGCCACGGGCAUAGAGUUGUCUCAGCAGCCCAUGGAAAAGAGCAGGGUUGGACUCAGUCACCUGGAGAAUGGGGCUCUGCCAGUGCCCCGUCGCUGUCUCCACCCCACAGUCUGCAUGGGCAACAGCGAGCCAUCUGUUCAACAGAAAUGUGCUGAGCACCUCCCAUAUCCCAGACCCUGUUGUGUGUGCUAGAGACCCAGCAGUGACCAGAACAGACAAAAGAUCUGCCGUCUUGGAUCUUUACAGACAAUUAACAAAUGAGUUACAUAGUACUUCAGAUGGUGAUAUGUGUUGUGGACAAAAUGAAUCAGAUAAGAGUGAAAGGCAGUGCUGGAUUAGGAGGUGGGUUGCAAUUUUAAGGAGGCUGGUUAGGGAGGACUUCAACUGAGAGGGAGAAACUUGAGCAAAGUCCUGAAAGAGGUUAGGGCAUGGACCCUGUGGGUUUCUAGAUCCAGGCACAGGAGGUGGAAUCUUAUCUAGUGUCCUUGGAGAAUGGCAGGAAGGUCCCUGGGCUAGAGUGGAGUGAGCCAGCAGAAGAGAGGGCCCCAGAGAGGUAGUGGGGCAAGCCGUGUAUCAUGUGUCUCCACUGGGGCUGGAGCUUCCUCAAAGGGAGGUAGGGAGCUUUGGGACAGUUUUGAGUUGAGGAGUGAUGUGGUCUGAAUCUGAAUUACAUUUACAAGGUUAACCACAGACCCAAGGACUCAGUGAAAUUAUAUAGCUGAGAGAUUUUUAUGCAGUUAUCUCUGCUAUCAGUUUCCAUGAAUGGGACUCUUUCAACAGUUGUAAACGUUUAAUUAUUGUGCUUGCUUGCAUCUCUAACUUGUGCACGCUAUGGGGACCCUCUAACCUUUCAUGUAGCUUUCUUCGCACUUUGGAUCCGGUGCUGGCAUCGGGUUCAACCCAAAGGUACCAGUUUACAUGACUGAUGCCCUCUGGAAAAGAGGUGGCCUGGUAGGGGAGGCACCUCCAUCUCAUUUGUCGACUUGAAACAAAAAGAAGUAGCUCGAUGGCGUUAAGGGUGAAGGAGUGAUUUUUCUAAAAUUUGUGUAAGUAGUCAUUGCUUCUGAUUAUUGAAGAGCUCACAUUACAAAUAUAAGAAUAAAAUAUCUCACUUGUUAGUUGAGAACCAUCUCAGACUACAUGUUACUGCUUUGAGUCAGGCCACACUGGUGGAGCAGACCGUUUCUUAUAGUGAGAAGAAAUCAACCUGGAAAAUGUCCUUUCAGUAGAGUACAAGUAAUCUCAUCCUUUCUGGAUUGUUGUGGGCAGAUGAAAAUGAAGACUUUGACACUUUGUGAUGAUGUCAGAGGAUGGGGAGGAAGGGCAGACAUAUGUUCGUGUUCUGGCUCCAACUCCACUUUAUACUCAGGAGGGUUUGGUAAUCCUGGCUCUGCAUCCUUUUCCUACAGCAGCAGCUGCCCGUGGCGUGGAAUCAGGUGUCCCAUCACUGGUAUAGUACCAAAAACCGGCUCCAGAAGUGGCUGGGCAGGGAUCACAGUCCCAUGUGCUGAGGCCCCAGGGUCUGGGAAGGGCCUGGGAGUUACCAGAUCUGGGUUCCAGGCUCAGUGUGCCUUUUCUUGGCAGGGUGAUGUUGGACAAGUCGUUGAACAUCUGCAUCUGUUUUCUGGCUUGUAAAAUUAGAGUAAUUAAGCUCCCUGAUUCCUAGGAUUGGAGAAAGAGCGCUUGGUGUGCAAAGGCUCUGGGUUAGGUAGCUGAUCUCUAGGACCAGAGCCCUCACAGAGCUGCACCUCCAAGUCAGCUUCAGCUUCAAAUCUGGUGCUACAACUGAGGAAAUACCCCUUUUCUGUCCAUAUUUUCACCCCCGCCAGCUCCUUGUGCCACUGUCACCUCACUGAAUUCCUGCCUCAGUAGAGGUUUUCUUACUGCCAUUUUUAUAAAGCGAGAUAUACUUAUUUUUAAACAUUCAAACCAAAUUUUCAAGUGUACAAAGAAGUAAAAACAAAUCACUCUAUACUGAGGUAAGCCUUUAAUAUUUUGGGACUGUACUGAUUGAACUGUUCAAUAACCUGAAUUUUUAAAUAAAUUUAAUUAUAUGAGUAAUAUAUGAUUACUAUAGAAAUAUUAGUAAAUACAGAUUAGCUAAAAGAAGUCUCACUACUUGGAGUUAACCACUAAACAUUUUGGUGUAAUCAGUGUUCGAUUUAACUUCAUUGCCCACCCCUGAACACCCCCUGGACCGGCCUGACUUGUGCUAUCUACCUUCCCCAGGAGUGUAGACCAUAUCCCAUGCUGGCCCAGGUCCUCAUCUGUCAAGGCUAACCCUCGCCAUCCCUAAGCCCUCUCCCCUGGACCCACCUCUCUUUGUGCCUGUAUCUUACUCUGUUAGGUGUUGCCCAGGUUUCCAAGAGUUAGGCCUGCUGCUGCAGCCAGACGGCACUCUGGAGGCUGGGUUGGGUGCUUAUUUAUCUGUUUGCCGUACAGAAAUUUUGUACAAAAUAACCUGUAUUAAGGAGUAUGGAAUUGAAUUUAGUUCAGCUUAGUCAGGAUUGAAGUGUUUUGAAGGGGCCCUGAGUACACUGUUGACUGGAGUUCACCCACAAGCGUACUAGUUAGCACCAACUGUAGGUGGUUCCAAGCCAUGCGGCUCCAGUUGACAAUUUCUGACUGCCUCAGCCACCAGUUCUCCUGUCUUCCCCAUUCUGGCCUGGAGAACAUGUAGGCUUCUUUGAACCCUGCCUUGCUUGCUUGUGUUGCCUAGGAAGAACCAAAGUUGGGGCUGAGGAGAGCCAGAGAGCUGAGACUCCCCCAGAGAGAAGUAGGUAUUGGAAAGUCUUUGAAUCAGUUGUCCAGUGUGGUUGACCUCUGCCUUGCUGACAGACCAUCAGCCCACACAGAGGCAUGUAUGGAGAGGAAAGCAAAGGAAAUAUGGGUUAAUGGCCUUUCACACUCCCCCAGAUGAUACAUUUUACAAGCCCUAGUAUGGGUAUAUGUGUAGAACAGUGGGAACUCUGCUGUGGGAGUGGAAAUUGUAAUAGGUCCUGUGCUGCGUAGUCUGCAAAGUCUCGUGAUGUGCACACCACUAGCAGCCCUACUCCUGGAUAGACCCUAGAAGAGGUUAGUGUAGGGAGGGGCAUUCGUAUAUAACUGUUCACUGCAGUACUGUUUAGGUAGCAAGAUUGGGAAAAGCCUAAAUGUCCAUCAACAGGGGAAAAAAAAGGGUUGUUUUUGGUACUUUGGGAAGUGAAUAUUAAAAACUAGAGUUACAUCUUUGACACAGAUAAAAAAUGCUGAGAAAGUUGCAGAAGUUAUGUACAAUAUACCAUUUAUGUAAAAUUAAACAUACGGUGUAUCUGUGGGCACAUUAUUAAACUUAAUUUGUGUUUCACUUUUUUAAUGAAAUGGAUUAGUAGUUGCCAACCUCACUAGAUAAUUGGGGACGGGAGAAUGGUUAAUGAAAUAAUGCAUGUAAUAAAAUGUUUUGAUUCGUGGCUGGCAUGUAAGCAUUGUUGGCAUAUAGUAAACAGUGUUGUUACUGUUUUGCACAAUAAUAUAUUCCUGUGGAUUCAGAUUAUAUGUUGAAUAGUAUAAAAUCAUGUAUUGGAAUGUUGCGUGACAGUUGUGUUCUGGCUCUUCAUGGCAGGAGCUGCUGAUGGAAUAAGGGAAGGUAAUGGAAGCUGCAGUUGUGUUUUAUUUCAUUUUAAAAAUUGGUAUAGAUGGGUCACAUGUUGCUUAACAGGAUAGUGUGCUGUGUGUUUUUUUUCUUUUAACUGUUUGCUUAAAAUACUUAAAAAUAAAAUUUUUUAAGCAUGG